CCCGCUCUGUCCCCCUGGCCGCCGUGGCCCGGGAAGGCUCCGGCGGGUGCGUGUCGCGGCGCCGGACGCAGGCGGGGCGGGGCCAGGCCGGGGCCUGUGGAGCGCCGGGAGCACGCGGAGCGGCGGAGCCAUGGGCGGGCUGGAGAAGAAGAAGUACGAGCGCGGAUCCGCCACCAACUACAUCACCCGCAACCGGGCGCGGAAGAAGCUGCAGCUGAGCCUGCCCGACUUCAGGCGUCUCUGCAUCCUGAAGGGGAUUUACCCCCAUGAGCCCAAGCACAAGAAGAAGGUGAACAAAGGCUCCACCGCACCCAGGACCUUCUACCUCCUCAAGGACAUCAAAUUCCUCCUGCACGAGCCCAUCGUCAACAAAUUCCGGGAGUAUAAGGUGUUUGUGCGGAAGCUGCGCAAGGCAUAUGGGAAGAGCGAGUGGAGCACGGUUGACCGGCUGAAGGACAACAAACCCAGCUACAAGCUCGACCACAUCGUGAAGGAGAGGUACCCGACGUUCGUGGACGCGCUGCGGGACCUGGACGAUGCCCUGUCCAUGUGCUUCCUCUUCUCCACCUUCCCGCGCACGGGCAAGUGCCACGUCCAGACCAUCCAGCUCUGCCGGCGCCUGGCCGUGGAGUUCAUGAACUACGUCAUCGCCUCCCGCUCCCUGCGCAAGGUUUUCCUCUCCAUCAAGGGCAUCUACUACCAGGCUGAGGUGCUGGGCCAGCCUGUCACCUGGAUCACCCCGUACACCUUUGCCCACGACCACCCCACGGAUGUGGAUUACCGGGUGAUGGCCACCUUCACAGAGUUCUACACCACCCUGCUGGGCUUCGUGAACUUUCGCCUCUACCAGUCCCUCAACCUGGUCUAUCCCCCCAAGAUCGAUGGCCAGACUGACACUGAGCUGAAGCCUGCGGAGGGCACAGAAUACGCUAUGGAUUCCGAGAGCUACCUGGAGAAGCUGUCGGCUCUGAGCGCCAGCCUGGCCCGGGUGCUGGCACCGGCCCACGAGGACGAGGUGGAAAUGGACGAGUUCCCGGUGGAGGGGGAGACGGCAGAGCAGAUGGACGCGAGGAAGCAGGAGCAGGAGGCCCUGGAGAAGCACAAGAAGCUGUUUGAGGGGCUGCGCUUCUUCCUCAACAGGGAAGUGCCUCGAGAGCCGCUGGCCUUCGUCAUCCGGUGCUUUGGUGGCCAGGUCUCCUGGGACAAGUCCCUCUGCAUCGGUGCCACCUAUGACGUGACCGACCACUCCAUCACCCACCACAUCGUCGACCGGCCCCGGGUGGAGCCGCAGGUUGUGGGCAGGUAUUACCUGCAGCCGCAGUGGGUUUUCGACUCCGUCAAUGCCAAGCUGUGUCUCCCCGUGGCCGAUUAUUUCCCCGGCGUGCUGCUGCCCCCGCACCUCUCGCCCUUCGUGACGGAGCAGGAAGGAGACUACGUCCCUCCCGAGAAGCUGAAGCUGCUGGCCAUGCAGCGCGGCGAGAACCCAGAUGAUGAGAGUGAGGAGGAGGAUGAAGAAGAGGAGGAAGAGGAAGAUGACGAUAAAGAGGAGGAGGAAGAUGAAUCUGAAAAGGAAGAGGAGAUGAAAUUAAAGAAGAUGGAAGAGCAGAAGGCUCAGAGUAACAAGGCGCUUUCCGUGAAGGUGACGGCCGGCAAGGUGCGGCUGGAGGACAAGCAGCGCCUGGAGCAGGAGCAGCAAAGUGAGGAGAAGCGCCUGGCCAUCAUGAUGAUGAAGAAAAGGGAGAAAUACCUCUACAAGAAGAUCAUGUUUGGCAAGAAGCGCAAAGUCCGAGAGGCGAACAAACUCGCCGCAAAGAGGAAAGCCCACGACACUGCCGUCAAAGAGGAGAAAAAGAAAAGCAAGAAGGCGCGACGAGCAUGAUGGGGUGCAAGGGUCCCCAUGGGGGCUGUUUGCACCCCGCAGACACCAUCAGCUUUGGGUGAAAACCCCUCAGCUGUGCUCUUGGGACAGACAUGCUAAAUUGAAACAUUUCCCGUCUGUAAAUACAUCUCCCACUGUGCCUUUCCUGGGGCUCCCUCGCCUCCCCUCCGCCGGUGUCACUGCCUGUCCUGGGCCGGGCUGCGGGAUCGGUGUCACCAGGACUGUCCUCACGCUGGAGCCACGUCUGCUUCCCGACCUGCGGGGGUGGUGAGGGAGGAGGGCACAGAGAGCUCGGGGCUCUUGCAGGUCCCUCCAGGGUUGUUCCUUUUUAAUUUGCACAGCCUUGGGCAAAGGAGCAGGAGCUCCCCGGGUCUGCCCAGCGUGGUGUUAGAGUGUCUUGGAGGCUCGGCACAAAGAGCGGGGUUUUGCCCCAGCCUCGGUGGAGAGAGGGCCAUGGCAGAGGGAGCCCGUUCUCUGCCCAGUUCUGUCCUCCCACAGCCGCGUGACAGGCUGUGCUUCUCUUGUAUUGUUAUUUUUAAUUAAAGAAGGUGACGCUUC